CCGCGACCUUUCGAACAUGCCGCCGAUGGCCACCACCGCGGUCGAAUGGUCCAAGCUGGAUAUCCGUCGCCUGCCAACGCUGGUGAAAGAAGUGGAUGCGCUUGUAAAGUUUGCACCUGGUUACAAAGAGACCUUUUCCGACGACCAAAUGCACGACUUCCUCGUGUCACUUGACACUCGAAUCGAUGAAGUCGAUUCAAUGAAACGCGAGUUUGCCGAUGAUCCACGAGUCAUCGUCGUCGACCGUCAGCUAUUUCGGUUGCGCCAAGUCCGCGUUGAGUUGAGAAAUACUCCCGUUGGGACGCGUAACAAUCAUUUGCACGAGUCAAAGCCUGCGAAGGAAGCAACAGAGCCCAAACAGGAAGUCAAGCCCAUGUACAAUUGGGAGACUCGAAGUACAGCUUGGCAUCAAUCCGUGGCGAACAAAGGCAAGCAUGGUCCCGAUUGCUCACUCCUUCGACAUACGAAGUGUCAGCGUUUGAUGACGGCAGAUUUGAAUUACAUUGCGCUCAAGGAGCCGGGGCAUUUCUCCACGCGAAGCCCCGUUGAAAACACUUUGGAAGUGGAAGGGCAAUUUGAGUUUCAGAUCAUCAUGACCGAACAAGAGUGGAGGUGGCAUCAGAAACAACGGCGCCAAAUUGCUGCCGAGACCAAGCACCUUGAACGCAAGAAGAAGGCGGAAGUGCACGGAGCAGCGCCGCAGCAGCGCUCCAUUCAAUCCAGUACGCCGUACAUCGAUCCCCUCAAGCUUGAAAAAAGCGUGUAUCGUUGAGAGACAUUUGAAAUGUGUUCAUUGUGGAAUGUUAUGUCGACCUCGUCAUGAUAUCAAAUUAAACAAGUCCUGUCAUACUGCA